GGGACGCCCUUAUGGCCCCCCUUGGCUUGGCAUGCCGUCUGUCCCCUCUGUGAUCACGCACCCGGCCACGGCUCCCACCGAGCACUCCCUCCAGCAGCUCUGUGGCCCUCUGCCAUGUUCCCCCUUGUGCAGUUACUGGAUUUGCUCUCUUGGGUUUUAAUUUAUGUACAAUGAAUAUCACCAGCCUGAAGUAUCUGAUUCAGUGGUCUUGACAAAUGCCCAGCAAGAUCACGAUCCUGACAGGGGACACUUCUGUCACCACAGAAAGGUCCCUGUGCCCCCUUCAGCCGGUCUCUUCUCAUCUCUGAGGCGUGACACCCAUGGACCUGACUUUCACCACUCUUGCUUUGCCUUUUCUAGGAUUUCACGUAAAUGGUAUAAUGCUGUGCCUGGUCUUGUAUGUCUGGAUUCCUCACCCAGCCAAAUGCCUCUGUGAUCGCCGCCCCCCCCCCCCGACUGGCGCGUACAUCAGGACUCUGCUUCUUGCUUGGUGGGCAGUGAUCUGUGAUACGGAGAUGGUACAAUUUGCUUAUCUGUCCACCUGCUGAUGGAAGCCUCUGUUUUUCUAAUCCAGGGCUGUCAUAGAGAAACCUGCUGUGAACGUUCAAGUAUUAGUCUUUCAUUUUCAUUUCUCUUGGCUAAAAACGUAAGAGUCAGCUGUUGGUUUAUAUGACUCACGUCCCCCCAUUAUCUCCGCUGGUGAGCCAGAGGGCCUGACCGUCCAUCCCCUUCCAUCCACGCCCGCCCCUCCUGCCGAGAACAAGCACCGCGAUGAGUGGGGAGGUGAUGAAUUUCAGCGCCGGCUUCAACUUCAGCGAGGACUACUUUGGGUCGGGUAACAGUUCGGAUUACUCAGCUGACGGUGACAGCUUCGUGUGCUCCCUGCAGGAUGUGCGGAGCUUCUCCGGGCUCUUCGUGCCCGUGGCCUACUCCCUGAUCUGUGUCUUUGGCCUCCUGGGCAAUGUCUUGGUGGUGGUCACCUUUGCUUUUUACAAGAAAGCCAAGUCCAUGACGGACGUGUACCUCUUGAAUAUGGCCAUCGCAGACAUCCUGUUCGUCCUCACCCUCCCAUUCUGGGCGGUGAGCCACGCCACUGGCGAGUGGGUGUUCAGCAACGCCACGUGCAAGCUGAUGAAGGGCAUCUACGCUGUCAACUUCAACUGCGGGAUGCUGCUCCUGGCCUGCGUCAGCAUGGACCGCUACGUCGCCAUUGUGCAGGCCACCAAGUCCUUCCGGCUGCGGUCCCGCACGCUGGCGCACCGCCGGGCCAUCUGCUUGCUGGUGUGGGCGGUGUCGGUGCUCAUCUCCGUCUGGACCUUCGUGUUCAACCAGAAGUACCACGUGCAGGACAGCACCGUGUGCGAGCCCCGCUACCACGAGGGCUCUGACCCCAUCAAGUGGAAGCUGCUGGUGCUGGGCCUGCAGCUCCUCUUUGGCUUCUCCAUCCCGCUGCUGUUCAUGACCUUCUGCUACGCGCUCAUCGUCAGGACCCUGGUGCAGGCCCAGAACUCCAAGCGGCACAAGGCCAUCCGCGUGAUCAUCGCGGUGGUGCUGGUGUUCCUGGCUUGUCAGAUCCCCCACAACAUGGUGCUCCUGGUGACGGCCGCGCAGCUGGGCAGGAUGAACCGCUCCUGCCAUGGCCAGAAGCUGCUGGGCUACGCCACCAACAUCACCGAGGUCCUGGCCUUCCUGCACUGCUGUCUCAACCCCGUGCUCUAUGCCUUCAUCGGACAGAAGUUUAGGAGCUACUUUCUGAAGAUCGUGAAGGACCUGUGGUGUGUGCGGAGGCGGCGGAAGUCUCCGGGCUUCUCCUGCUCCAGGCUGCACUCGGAAAGCUUCGUCUCCAGGCAGAACAGUGAGACCGUGGACAACGAGAACGCCUCGUCCUUCACCAUGUGAGCGGCCUGGAGCAGGCCCGAGGUCUGGGGGACUGCGGACAUGUACUUGGGGCCCCCGGGGGUCCCCUGCGAUUGGCCUUCUCCAAAAUGGACCCCUGGGACUACGAAUCAGACAUUUCCAGGAAUAUUCGUGAAGCAUCUUGUGAGCACGACCUCUCCUGAUCACAGCAAAAUGCACAGGGUUGGGAAACCCAAGAUGGAAAAAUAUCACGUAAGAGCCCUUGCACCCCUCAUCUUAGGCAGAAAGUGAAACAUUCCACCCAAACGGCGUGGGGAGAUGGACGGUGGCUGGAUGAGCACGGGUGUCCAUUGUCACCGAGGAUAAGGAAGACGAGGUGGUAACAGGCCGUCGGGGAAGGGCUGGCUUGCUUUAUUUCCCCGGGGAAGUGUUCUCUGCAGUCGCCGAUUCUCCGAAAGUCGGGUAGGCAGAGCUCCACGAGCCGCAAUCGAAUGGCAAACACUCAGCACACAGAGGGCUUCGUGACUAUUGUCAGACAAAUCACAGUGAAAUUGGGGCUCACAGUGCAGUUUAGAAUGUAAGGUGUUUAAAUUACCUUCUUUUAAAAAGCACAAGGAAGCUUCCCCGAGACAAUACAGAAAGGGCUUUGGUCCCACGUCCACGGAAGCAGAAGCAGCCCCUGGAGCCAAGGGCAUCAGGGGCCACAGGGAGCUGGGCUCCUUCCCUCUCUGCUGCUGGCUUUGGUUUUUACCCAAAGUCUGAGGUUGAUCCUGGAAUCCGAUUUUAACAACUGUCUUCAACUUCUAGAAAGUUCCUAGAACUCAAGCUUUGAGAGUGCUUUGUAAACAUAUGAACACAAGUAGAAAAAAAAAAACCCCACAUUACAAAAAUGCAAGCAUGUGUUAGAAGGUACGUGAGUUACAAAGACGUGAGUUACAAAGAAACUGACUGAGAAAUCUGAAACUUUCUGUCGUUCUCAUGAGCUUGACCUGCAUCUCUGUAUGAAAUUCAAAGUGCCAUCUCAGGGUUCUGAGUCUGUAUGUCUCAAACAUCAUUUUGGCUUUGCAAAAUGAAGGUCUUUGGUGCAUGAAGUAGGAACGGUUUUCCAGAAUCAGGGAUCUGACCCGGGAGCUGAUGAAGGGCAUCUAGGUCGGCCGUCCUCCCAGGCUGUAAGCGUGGGCUCCAGUGCUCAGAGCCUGGUGGCCUACUUGCAUGCCCCUUGCGGGUCCCGGAUGCGCUCAGAGGAUGUAGGGAGAGAAGUUUGUGUCUCUAAGCAGGAAAUAACUCGCUUGCUGUGACACAGCUAAAAAUCAGCUCUUCUGUAUAAUUUGAAUUUUCAGAUAAGUGAAGCUUCUUUAUGCAACAGUCCAUUUAAUUUCAGCCGUACUGAAUAAAAGUGUUUCUAAAGUAGGAUACAGA